ACUUGUCGGCCUCUUUACUUCCAUCAUCUUCUUCAUCCUUCCUCUUUCUCUGCAAGCUUUUGCGUUCUAAUCAAGGCUUCAUUCCUUUUGUGUUCAUUUUAGGAUCCGAAUAAUUCAAACAAACCAUGAACCUUCAAAGAAGCAAUAGCAUUAGUACUAGCUCCAUCACAACUAGAAAAAUCGUCCCUUCAAACCAGCUCAUCAGAUCCUCCUCAACUGCUCUGGCACCACCACAACAUCAUCACCACCGCCGUCGACAAAACGACGACGUCUCCAACAAGCUACUCAUUCCAAAACACAACUCUUCAUCGUCCCCGGUCUCUUUCGACCACCUCUCCAAAUCCCAAACAAAGAUCUCCUCACUCCUCCGCUCUUUUCUUAACCUCAUCUCCUUCCCAGCCACCAUCAUCAGUCUCCCCGCCAGCUGCAAGUGGCUCGCCAUCUCUUCCCACCUCUCGGUCACACCCUCUCUUGGACGGAAAGUCACCGGAACCCUGUUCGGUAACCGCCGUGGCAGCGUCAGCUUCGCCGUCCAGCUCGACCCUAGGUCAGAGCCCGUUUUGCUUCUUGAGCUUGCCAUGUCCACGUCUUCCCUCGUUAAGGAGAUGUCUUCCGGACUCGUCCGCAUUGCUCUCGAGUCCGAAAGACACCAGGGUUCCGGCCGCCGGAAACCUUUGUUUCACGAGCCGACCUGGACCAUGUACUGCAACGGAAGGAAGUUGGGGUGCGCGGCGUCUCGCACAUGCGGAGAGUCCGACUGGCACGUGCUGAGUACCGUCCGGAGCAUUUCUGUCGGAGCCGGGGUGAUUCCGGUGGUGGACGACGGGAAAAAGGGGGCGUCCGAGGGUAUAGGCGAGUUGCUUUACAUGAGGGCUCGGUUUGAACGAGUUGUGGGGAGCCGUGACUCGGAGGCCUUUUACAUGUUGAAUCCUGAUGGGAGUAAUGGAGGUCCUGAACUCAGCAUCUUUUUGCUUAGAAUAUGAUCGAUCAUUGUGUACGUAGAAGACAACAACAAAGGAAGAUUGAAGAACAGAAAUUAAAGAAAUGGUGAAUGCAGUUGUGACUUUGUGUAAUUUACAGAUUUUAAAAUGCAAAACCAUGUGAUUUUAUAUCUUAUUAGUUUGUUCUUAUUAUUGGUGUAUAUGGUUGAUACUUGAGAUAGAGUUCAACCUUCACAUGAUGCAUGCAUUACAAAAAAGGUGCAUGCGAACUACUUGUGGCUAGCUAGCUAAGCUUAUUCGAUCUCUCUGGUGAUCUCUGAGCUGUACUAUUCACUGUAAUUGGGUUUUAUAAAUGCAUAUUUACAUAUAAUUAUCAGG